GCAGAGGCUGCUGGGAGCGCGGCGCUGAGUUGAGUUUUCCCGCCGCCGCCGCCGCCGCUGCUGAGGGGAGCGGAGCGCGUGUCAUGUCCCAAACCGAUCUCGAGUUGCUCCUGCGGGAGCUGGGAGGCUGGGACUGGGAGCUGUGCCGCAGGGAGCUGCCCGCCGUCCUGCCCCGGCUCCUCUCUAUGUACCAAGAGUCUGAAGACUGGACUGAGCACAUCCGUGUUUUGAGGAUCCUGACUGAAAUGUUUUUGCCUCAUAUCAGUCUUGGAGAUUUGGAACAAACGUUUUUCUCUAAAGUAUUACCUAAGACUCUGCAGUUAUAUGAUAAACUGAUGUAUGAACUCUCCAGUGAAGCCAAAGGGUUAACUGGCCAGAAUACAGAGUUACGUAGUACUGUAAGGAAUCUUUUACAGACUAUAGUGCAACUCUUGGAAACUCUGACCAGUUGUGUACGGUACAUCUGCACACUGCAAGAGUGUGUGCCCUUGGACAGUAUCCGCACCCUUCCAUCCUCUGUUCUUUAUGUAAUAAAGAGCACAUUUACACACUGCAAGGAUAGCGAAUCAGUGUACUGUGGGCAUCUGCACUUGAUUUCUGACCUCCUGCAAGCUGUGUUCAAGGAAACUUACUCUCUGCAGAAACAGCUGAUGGAACUGUUUGAUCAGAUUUCUGUGGGGCCUGCAUCUACUGAAGAUGAUAUCACAGAUAUGGUGUCAGUAAUUCACACUGUGCUGGAGAUCUGCUCUGUCAUUUCCAAUAUGGACCACGCUCUUCAUGCCAAUACAUGGAAGUUCAUAAUCAAGCAAAGCCUGAAGCACCAUGCUCUGCUGCAGUGCCAUCUGAAACACAGUGACAUCCUCAGUGGUCUGUGCAAAGAUACUUUGCUUUCUUUUCACUCCAGUUUACAACUAGCUGAGGAAAUGAAGAUGUCUGACAUUCAGGACGGCGCUGACCUCAGGCUAUUCCAGAAGACUGUCAAACUGUGCAGAUUCUUUGCCAACUCCCUGGUAUACUACACCAAGGAAUUUCUUCCUUUCCUGUCUGAUUUAUGCUCGCAGUUGCAUCAACUGUUCCUUCAGAUAUACAGCAAGUUUCCUCCCAGUCUUUAUGCUCCGGUGAUCUCAGAGGUGCAUCAAGAUGAAAUAUCACGGGUUUUUCUUGUGGCUCUAGAUCCUCUCAUCAGUCAGCUUCUUCCCUUUAGCCCUUUUAUGGAGCAAGUGCUAAGGGACACUUCAGGUCUUCCUGCUGAGCAGCAGCUGCCCCAGUGUCUCCUUCUGAUUACCAUCAUGGACAAGCUGUCUUCUCAGCCUGAAGAAGUGCAGACUCUCUGGAACACAGGAAAACGCCUGUCUUUUCUCUCAGCUCUUUUCCAGAGUUUCCAGCAAUGUUCUGCCGAGCUUUCUCUCCCUGUUUGUUUGCCAGAAGUGAUCAGUACAGGACAGCCAGCCGUCCCCAUCACCCUGUACCACUAUGUCUGUGUCCAUCUGUGCUCCUUCAUUGCUUCCACACUCCCAUCACAAUUUCCUCAUCUGGAGUAUGCUCUGCUGGAUGCUGUGCUGGGUUCUAGUAUGAUCACAUCCCUGCUAGCAAUGGACUCAUGGUGCUUCCUUGCUCGGUAUGGAACAGCUGAACUGUGCGCUCACCACUGUGUGGUGAUUGCUCACUUGAUAAAGUCGUGGCCCAAUGAGUGUUAUCAGGUCUCAGUCUUGGGUGUUCUGCUGAAGCGCAUGCUGUUCUUGAUGGCUCCAGAUCAUCAGGUGGAAUUUGCUCACAAAUUUCUCCCGGAAGAAGUGGAAAACCUGGCUGUGUGGCAGCACGUGUCCCUCAGAGCCCUGAGCCCUGAUCUUGGGAAGCGAGUGGUGCGGGAGCUCUGCAUGGCAGCGCUGGCGCAGUGCAGGCGGUGGCUGAACAGCAGGCGUGCCUGGGGAGAGCUCCAACCCGUGAACGUUGCCUUUUCUGUCUUGCUGGUUGCCUGCAAUUUUUCUGGUGAUGCUUUGGAGGCAGAACUUCAGGCGUCUAUUUUGGGAGUGCUCGGUCAGUUCUGGACUUUCCUUCAGGCUAAGCAGGUCUCAGAUGAACCACGUCUCCAGCAAACGCUGUGCUUAUUACUUCAUCUUCUGGAGUUUUUCAUCCAAGCAUUAGAUGCUCAACUAAUUAGCCAGGUAUUUUCCCUGCUGUCUUCCCUUCUCCGGUUGGAUCCCCCUGAUCACAUUCGUCUAGCAAUGCUGGAUUUUCUCUCUUCUGUGGGGAAGGUGUUUAUACCACAAGAAGUGCAGAGGCAGGUUGUACCCCAGCUGUCAUGUUCGUUUGCUUCUCUGCUAGCUGACCAAACCUGGUUGAUUCAUCAGCGCGCGCUGGAGGCAUUCAGACACUUUGCAGAGGAAACAAUCCAUGAAGAUGUUGUUCCUCAGUGCCUUAAUUCUGAAGAAAUUAAGAAUAAAGUUGUUAAUUUUAUGGCUAAGGUAAAGCAAGGUGAAGAGACAACAGAAGCACGCAUAGAACGCCUGAAACAAGAAAGGAUUACCUGUGAUGCACAUUUUCUGAAAAUGGCUAGAGAACUGGAGUCAACAGGAGAGCCUCUGGCAAAACGAGCGUGUCACCCCCCGUCUGAGGAGCAGUACAAGUCAGCAGUAGGCACAAUGGAGGGGGCAGUGGAGGCUGUGAAGCUGCUGCUGCAGAAAGGGUCACCCCCUGCAUGGGUUGCAGCGAAACUGGAGGCUCUACACACAGCUAUAACCAUCCUCAGAGACAGUGUACGGAAACAGCUGUUGUCCUGCUGUACUCUAGCACUCUGACUUUGAUCUCACUCUCAGCUACCCCAAGAGCGUUGUCUGCACUACAGUAAGUGGAUCCCAUGAAAUGAGGUAGAUAUCACAGCAGUGCAUCUAAAAAAAUCAAGUCUCUCAUUUUCAAAUGUUGUAAACAACCUCCAUGUAGACGUAAGGCUCUUCUCAUGCUACCACUGUGCUAACUCUCCUGAGGCUAAAUUAGCAAAACAACUUGAAGUCAAAAUCUAUUCCCUAAUGGAGGUACGUGUUCAGUUGGAAAGCUACCACCCUCCCUAGCAAACAGAAGCAGUCUGUGGAGCCCUAGAGCUGGGGAUAGAUGGAUUUAUCUGCUUACCCUAAAAGGCAGUUUAUAAAACUGCCUCAUGGUUCUGUGAAUGGGAGAAAUGCCUCACUUCAUCCUUCCUGAAAACAAGGCUCCUAAAAGGAGUUGUAUACGCCUAAAGUCAUUGAUUAAGGAAUUCUAAGUUAAAUCCAUUUCCUUACUGUUUCUUAACAUGGCUGCCUUGCUGCUGUAGUAGCCCAUGGAAUUACCUCGUGCCUGAUAAGAUGCAUCAUCCAGAAAUCAGUAUCUUGUAUUCAUAGGCAGAGACUCAACUGUACAGCCAUGCGUUGCUGAUACUUCCUCAGGCUAUCAGCUAUCUGACUAGGGAGCCUGCUGCUGCCACAACAGUAUAGUGUACAAUGUAUGUGCUUCAGAAUCCUCUCAAAUGUGCAUUCGUUUGAACCCCGCUGUCUAUAGACUCUUACCU